UGAAGUACACAUUCUCCCAACAGUCAGUCUCAGUGACGGUGCAAACGUCUACGUUCAGUUGACCAGUAGAUUAGAGUUUAGCAGUGUGGUCCAGUGGGACCAAAUGCUAAGAUGUGCAACGCUUACAGAAAACAAAGGGUUGUUCUUUAAAUGUUUAAAGACAUGGUUAGUAGGGCGCCACUGGGUCAUGUGACAGGCUAUUGUCCAAUAGGAUUCAUAAUAAAUUGGUGCUGAUGACGUUUGUCAUUAUUACUUCUAUGCUAACUAGUCUAGCCUCAUAUGAGCUAAUACCAACAAAUCUAUCAUCUUUCUCACUGAAGAAAAACUGUUUGCUCGAUUAAUAAGUUGACAAAUAAAACUGCAGCUUCCACAUCUAGUGGAGAAAAGAGAAAUGCAUCGAAAUGUAAUAAAUAAAACGGGUACGGUAACACUCAACUGAAUGAAUGAAGCUUGUAUUUAUUACAGUAGAAUAGUUACAGAACAAAUCUGAGAGCAGAUUUUUUACGUGAGCCAUAGCUUCAUUCAUGGGAUUCAUGCGACAGUCAGCGACAAUAUCUUUUGAACACUUAAUCAGAGGAGAGCGCGAACACAGUCCCCCACUACCAGAAAUUAUGCAGUCAAGAUUCCCACAUUUGGGGAGAUCGCAGAACCUGUUUCUACGGUAGUGCAAAGUCUACAGUCUACAGUGUGGAAUGUCUACGGUCUACAGGUCACCGUAGACAGUUACGCUGUCCGAUUUGUCGGGGCUGAGUCGACACGCGGACCCCCAACAACCAAUCACAGCGCUCGUUUCCAAAGUGGCCAUUAAAUGCGCACACACGGUGACCGGACAUACAAAACCUCUGUUUGCGGCCACAGGUAAAGAUGGCAACAAUCCGCGUUGUGAACCCAGGCGCCCCUGCACAUCGUCAGCAGGCUGUGCUGCUGUCGACUAAAGAGGCACGUCUUUACCGGGAGAAGAAAAAGGUCUUCCCAAAACCUCCCCUGGAGCUGCUGAACCCACUCACUGCACUGGACCAUGCAGAGACAUUCCUCCAAGCAGAGGGAGUCCCUGCACCGUCACGACAGCAGUGUCUGGGACGGCUGGUGUUGCUGUUCGGCCAGUACGGACACGCACCUUUCCACUGGCUUGUGGAGAACGACGUAGGCUAUAUGAAGUACAUAGUUGACAAGCACAGAACAGAGAUGUCAAACCCCCAUAGAAAGAGAGAACUGAGAGGUCGGAAAAGGUCCGCUGUGUGCUACCAGCGGACCCUCUGCGAAGCGCUCUGAAAACCCCAGCCUGUGAAGGCCUGCUUUUAACCACCACCUAAAAUCUUUCCACAUGUCCAAAUAAGGACGUGUAGAUGUUUUUCUCGGCUACUCUGAAGGUCCUGGCGCUGGGCCGUGUUAUCUGUCCAGCUCCCGGAUGCAUCUGGCCCACCAUCAACCUCCUAAUUCCUUUCCCAGCUGAAGACAAGGACCUCCAGUUUCAGGCCCUCCUCAUGGCCAGAGGAUGAUGAUGAUGAUGAACUGGCAGCUGCAUCCCAGGCUGUGGAAGAUAGAAUAAAGUCCCAGAAGUCACAUUCCCGGGAUCCCCUGCCCUUGAAUUCGCCUUCAAAGACAUCCAAACAUGCAUUACACCCCCCGGAUGAGAAGCGUCACUCAGCCUCACAGAACACGUCUGCUGCCUGGCUGGAUGAGCCAGAGUCUACUGUUCAGCCCACAGAGGCUCCAUCCACAUCCCAGGGUGGUGUUCCUCCUUUGCAGACACCUCUAAGUGACUUACCUGUGGAGUUAGACGGUUGGGUGCGCCUGUGGGAGAAACCUGAUGGCAUCCCAUCUGCUGACAUUCACUGGCUUAAGGAGGACACCACAAGAGGAAUGUUCACCGCUGUUCAUGUGUACAAAGACAACACUGGUGUGCUCAAGAGGAGACGGGUGAUGGCAUCUGACCGCAUGUGGUUCUACCCUCCAGAACCUCCGGCCUAUGUCGGAGGGGUUCUGCCAGGCCCACAGCUUUUUUUCCGAAGCCGUCUGUUUGUGUGGCGUCCAGUUGGGGUUUGGAGGUGCUCCCUGAAGUGUCCACGAGGUGACAAGUGUGUGGGGGCAGGAAAGGACGUGCACCUCUACAAGUCUGGCUAUCACCACCGGCCUCGUCACAUCUGCGACGGGUCCAGCUGGUACACAAUGCUGACUGAGGUUUUGUGCUGUGGCCCAUGUACCAAGGCAGGCAGGAACCAUGAGGGCAUUACGGUCGGACGGUGGCUUGCAUGGAUGCUGCUAUUCUGGCACAGCUGAGCGAAGCCCUUCAAGCCAUGUUUCCUUCUGUUCUCACUAGCAAACGUGGCGUGGACAAAAACGUUGUGCGUCUUCUGCGUGACAGGACUGAAGGGAACACAAUGAUCAAAGUGUGGCGGCAGAUCCAGGAAAAUCAUCACGAAGAGUACCUUCACCGCAAGGAUCUGUACACCACGCUGCUCAUGACUGUGGCAGAACCCGGAGGAAUUGUUUCUGCAUUGAGGCACAGGUUCCAGGCUCCACCUCCUCCAAGAGAGCUGCCUUCUGCCCCACUUUUGCGCCACGCCUUUCUUCUAGCUGAGGCCAAUAAUGUCCAGGACUACCGGAACCAGAUCCUUUCCACUUUUGGCACAGUGUUAAAAAUGGAUUCCACCAAGAAAGUGGUGAAGAAACUGUCUGGAGAGGGCCAUGGCUCAGCUCAGUGGUUCACCAGUAUUGCCAAUGAAUUCUCCCAAAUAGUGACCUUUGUGUUGACCUGUGAGGAGUCCACAGUGAAGCUGGCACCAAUGUGCAGUGGAGUCAUACAAAGGUUCCGACUGGCUAAUCAACCGGUCCCCAAAAUUUUGUAUGUGGACCAUGGGUGUUGUCGUGCACAAGGUCCAACAGCUGUUGAGACUCUGUUUGAGGCUUGGGUGAACAGGGGAAUGGUUGUGCGUUUAGACAUCUUCCACUGGAUUCACCGAUUUGACGCAGCCAUUCGAACAGACAGUCACUCUAAGUACGCUGCCUUUAAGUCUGCGCUGGCUGGCGCUGUCCUGGCCUACAACUGCACUGACCUGGACCUACUCAUCAAGGCUGUCAGGGCCAAGCACAACAGGUUGAAGACUCUGUCUGAUGAGGACAUUGUCCGAGACCACAUUUCUAGGGACCACCUCAACUACCAUGUGCGAAGGGUCACGCUCGGGGCGCAGGAAACAUUCCGGCUCAUCCACAUGGCGAUUGAAGAGUUAAAGGGUUCGGCUGAGCUGGAUGAAAGCGGGAUGCCAUUGAUGACAUGUGGGCAAGCCAGCAGCGACACUUGGAGUGCAUCCAGGAUCCACCAGACAUGAUCAUGUACAGGGUGGCGCGUAUUACGACCAUCAACAAAGUGGAUGUGCCGUACUACAAAUGUCUGCGUGGAAGCAAUAGCCUGGAGGGAUUCCACAAGAUGUUGCCUAAUAUGAUUCCAGGUCCCCACUGUGCUGCACGGCCUAAUCAGGUUUACCUGAUAAGUGGCAUUGCACGGUGGAACGCUGACAGGAGCUCAGAUGCUGUGUUUGGGGGCAAAGGACGGAGGCACCGGACGUAUUCAGCGCCGCUGAUUGAUCGUCUCAACAGGCGCUGUGAGCAGCUGUUUGGAACGACCGAGGAGGGGAAUUAUCGGGCCCCAGUUAAUGUGGCGUCUAACGAGCUGCUUGGGUUGGAGUACCUGUUCAGCCAGAGCACAGGAGGACCACGGCCAUUUUCCCUGCAGGACAUGGUUCAUGAUGGACCUGGUCCAGAGGAGGAGGUCGUCCAGCCGGGUCACCAAGAUACAGAAGAGGCUGAUGAGGCCUAUCAGAGUGACCCAGAGGCCGAGACUGAUGUGCUGGAUGCUGGCCUGCCCCACAUCAAUAUGACCAGCCGCGACACCUCCACUGUCCACUCACCAGCCUUUGAAGACGCCUGCAGUCCAAGUCCUCUUCCGGGCUUUGACAAGCUGGAGAAACAGACAGCUGGCAUCCACAUGGCAGCUUUUCAGUGCCACACACCACCACCCCUGCUUCUCCCACGGCUGGCGAUCAAAACCCCUGUCAUAUCCACAGUCACCAGGCCUUUAACCACUGUGUCUUCACCCACAGCAGACCCCUCUUCACAAACUGUAACCCCCUGCACAAUGCCCAGCAGCAGUACCCCUCUGUCCUGGGCAAGAUCCAACUACUACAAGCGGAAACGUGAUGACCAACCUUCAGCCCUGGAAACCAAGGUGAAAAACUUGCCAGCUUGUGCACUCUGUGGCAAACCCACUCAAGGACAUUCUAAAUACAAAAAAAAGACAUUUUGCCCUGUAAAGAGCAUGUCUUCCUCAAAGGGACUGGAAAACAACAUAUUCCAGCUACGAGGAAUUUGUAUCUGCUGUAGACGCUCUCACGCAGUGAGCUUGUCCAAACAGCAGCUCCACUGUACAUGUUGUUAUUAGUUUUCUUAAUAUUUUAUUAUAAAGCUGUAUUGUAUAGAUUCUUGAUGUUUAUGCAAAUUGUCAAGUUUAUGCAAGUGUGCACAGAGAGCAGCUCCACUGUACAUGUUGUAAAUUGUUUUAAAUAUUAUAUUUAUAUUAAAACUUUAACUUUAUAUUUAAGUAAAAUUGCAUAGAUUUUUAAUGUUUAUGCAAAUGUUCA